UUUUGAGACGGUUUUGAUUUAGAGUUGCACAUUUUUGCUUCUUCCUCCUUCAUUCCUAAUUUUCAUUUCUUGGCCAUGGAACUCCAUUUCCUUCCUCUUCUUCUUCAACUAUCUCUCGCAUAAUCUCUCUCCUUUUCCUUCUCACUCUGUAAAAAAAAAAAUUAUAGGUAACUCAUUCUCGUUCUAGAUCCGUAGACGAAACCCUAACAUUGUUUGUUUUGCUAAAAUUGAAAUCCUUUCUCUUGUUUUUGCUGAUUUCGGGUUUUUUUUUUUCGUUAGAAUUUCUGCUCGAGUUUAGGAUUCUUCCUCCGCAAAUUGAUUUUCUAUUUCGUCGUUGGACUUUUUUUUUUUUUUUUCCUUGAAAUUUUCCGUUGGGAAAUCAUCUUGAAAGACCUUCUUUUGUUCGAUCUUUCCGCCCAGGGAAACCCUAGUUACCUUCGCCUCCUGUAUUUUUUCUGAUUGGUGGUGAUUUUUUUUGGAGGGUUUUUAGGGUUUUGGUUUGUUAAAUCUGAGAAAUCUGAAUCGUGAAAUGAAUAAUAAUAAUAAUAGAGGAAGGUACCCUCCGGGGAUCGGUGCCGGCCGAGGCGGGCCCAUGAACGCCAAUCCGGCGUUUCAGUCUAGGGGACCUCAGCAGCAGUACGUGCAGAGAGGUUUGGUUCAGAAUCAACCCCAGUAUUAUCAUCACCAGCAACAACAGCACCACCAGCAACAGCAGCAACAAUAUCAUCAACAGCAGCAGCAGCAGCAACAACAACAACAACAGCAGUGGCUGAGGAGAGGUCAAUUGGGUGGAGUUGCUGAUUCCAGUGUUGACGAGGUCGAGAAGACCGUACAGUCAGAGGCCGUGGACUCCAGUUCUCAAGAUUGGAAGGCAAGAUUGAAAAUACCACCAGCUGAUACCCGAUACAGAACAGAGGAUGUGACGGCAACUAAAGGAAAUGAGUUUGAGGACUAUUUUCUGAAACGUGAGCUGCUAAUGGGAAUAUAUGAGAAAGGGUUUGAAAGACCGUCUCCUAUUCAGGAAGAGAGUAUACCAAUUGCUCUUACUGGUAGUGAUAUUCUUGCUAGAGCCAAAAAUGGGACUGGAAAGACAGCUGCAUUUUGCAUCCCUGCCUUGGAAAAGAUUGAUCAAGAUUUAAAUGCAAUACAAGUUGUAAUACUUGUCCCAACACGUGAGUUGGCUCUUCAAACAUCACAAGUCUGUAAGGAGCUUGGGAAGCAUUUGAAUAUUCAAGUUAUGGUUACAACUGGAGGUACUAGCUUAAAGGAUGAUAUCAUGCGUUUAUAUCAACCUGUUCAUUUGCUUGUUGGAACUCCUGGAAGGAUUUUAGAUCUUGCGAAGAAGGGUGUUUGCAUCUUGAAAGACUGUGCUAUGCUUGUUAUGGAUGAGGCUGAUAAGCUACUGUCUCCAGAGUUUCAACCAUCAAUUGAGCAGCUGAUUGGGUUUUUGCCUGGAAACCGACAAAUUUUAAUGUUUUCAGCGACAUUUCCUGUCACUGUUAAGGACUUCAAGGAUAGAUAUCUUCAAAAGCCUUACAUUAUUAACCUUAUGGAUGAGCUUACUCUGAAGGGUAUUACACAGUUUUAUGCAUUUGUUGAAGAAAGACAGAAAGUUCACUGCCUGAACACUCUUUUCUCCAAGCUUCAAAUAAACCAGUCAAUUAUCUUCUGCAAUUCUGUAAAUCGAGUAGAACUGUUGGCCAAGAAAAUUACAGAACUUGGCUAUUCUUGCUUUUAUAUUCAUGCAAAGAUGCUCCAAGACCACCGUAACAGAGUAUUUCAUGACUUCCGUAACGGUGCAUGCAGGAAUCUUGUUUGUACUGAUUUAUUUACUAGAGGAAUAGACAUUCAAGCAGUCAAUGUUGUAAUUAACUUUGACUUUCCCAAGAACUCGGAAACAUAUCUGCACAGGGUUGGUCGGUCUGGAAGGUUUGGGCAUCUUGGUUUAGCUGUGAAUUUGAUCACAUAUGAAGACCGCUUUAACUUGUAUAGGAUUGAGCAGGAACUUGGCACUGAGAUAAAGCAAAUUCCACCCCACAUUGAUCAGGCAAUUUAUUGCCGGUAAUUGGUUCUGGAGGUCAUGAUGUGUGGUCAACAAUGUUGAUAAAGCUACCCCAAUCAUGAAGGAGACAGCACUGCACCAAAAGAAAACAAUCUCAGAAUUUGGUAUUUUUGUUGAAAACUCGUGGUUGAUGUGGAUGGCGUCUUCUCUCAUGGAAUGCUUUUAUUAGUUUAUAACUUUUGUAGCCCUGAGACAUUAACAGGACCUUAAGAGAAUUCUAGAUUGGCUUAUAAAAUCCCCAGGUAGAUGUUGGGUCCAGUUCGCAGUCUCCUUUGAUUCUAUAUCAUACUGGUUUGGUACUACUAUUUUCCUUUCAUUCUAGUUUGGUCAAAGUUAAACAGGUUGAAAAGUGUACUUUAUGCAGCCAGCCAACACUUUGAGAAAAAAAAGAUUAUUUGCUUUU